UUUUACUAGGGUUCGGGCGAUUCUGGCCAUGAAAAACAGUUGGGAAUCGUCAUAGCACUUAUCUAGAAAUCUCAAUCCCUUCUGAAGCACACUCCAAUGGUUGCCACUUAAUUUUCCACCUCUAUGCUGACAUGUACAAUAAAACCCUUUUUUAUCCACACAAACCCAUAAAGAAGAAGAGGAGAAAUGGCCGCUUUCGUGGCUGAUUUUUCUAGUUCCUUCAAACAGUUCACAAAUGGAGGCAACAGCUGUUCAGUCUGGGUCUUUUCUCAAGCUUACAAAGCCACUUUGCUUCUCAAAUUUUCCAUCUUCAGCUUUCUUCCAUUCUCAGAAUUCUAUCUUUGCUUCUCAUUCACUACCCACUUCUUUGGUCUUCAAGUGCUCUUCAAGAAAGAUGUUGCAAUUCCAGCCUAUAGAAAGACAACGGAGGAACCUCACAUCUUUAAAUGCGUCGGAUGCAGAAAGUCCUUCAUCAGAUAACGUGGAGAGAUGGCUUCUUGAACCUGUAGGAGAUGGAGAUUCUAGGCACGUCGGUUUCCAAGUUCCAAUGCCAGGUGCAUUUGAGAUAGCAUCUAGUGUUGUCACUGUUGGCCGUCUUCCUGAUAAAGCAGAUAUGGUGAUUCCCGUGGCAACAGUGUCUGGUCUGCAUGCCCGAAUUGAGAAGAAAAUGGAAAGUCUUUUGGUUACAGACUUGGACAGCACAAAUGGAACAUUCAUUGAUGGAAAGAGGCUCAAACCAGGUGCAGUCAGCACUGCACCACCUGGCAGUUGUAUUACAUUCGGGGAUACCCAUCUAGCGAUGUUUCGGGUUUCAAAGCUUCAGAAUGUGGACCCUUCAAUCAAACCAGGAGAACCUGAGGUUAAACUAGAGGCUGACAGCCCUGCAAAUAAUCCAGAAGCUACAAUUUAAAAAGCCAGGGUAGUAUCCUGAGAAUUGAGGUCAAAUAAAACAUAUCUUUUUCAUGAUUGUUUGGGGAAAAUCUCUGUAUGUAAUCAAUAAUGUUUAGAAUGUAAUAUUUUUACUAAUGUUGUUCAUUCUUUUUUGUGAAAUUGAUUGUUAUAGUUGAGUUGUGGAGAGAAAUUAGUGUCUGAAAGUGUAAUUUCGCUAAAUUGUGUACCCUUUAAUUCUCUGCCAUAAUUUGCGCUUAAGGACAGUAUAGAGACAAACAAGUCGACCUCUUUUUUUCUUUUGUUGAAACUUGAAGAAAGUUUCUAUUUUUUUUUUCC